AUGCUGUCUGUGUGUUUUCGAGUAAGAGGCAGGAGGAUGGACCUUAGAGUGAUCAUGUUGCUGCUGGCCAUGCUGCUAUGCUCAUCCUGCUUAAGUGAACUGAGAGCCAGAGAUCCAGAUGUGGAAGAAGACGAAACCACGGUGCUUAAGAGCAGCUUUAGUACAUCUGACAUUCCGGUACAUAUUGGACAUGAGCGUCUCAGCAGAUCUGGACAACAGGAUACUCAGCUGGAGACACCUCAGAUCCCGAUGUCCUUCUUGAGAGUGAGUUCACACCAGCCUGCACGCAGAGGAAACUGGUGUGCAUUUGUUCAUCAUCGUUUGGUAAGCAUGGAUGAGCUCAGUGGAGGUGAGGAGCAUGUAGUGAAGUCAACGAACCCCUGCAGUAAUGGUGACCCUGACUGCCAAAAACCUACGCAUCAGCUCUCACAGCCUACAUACAGACAGAAGCAGAAAACUAUUACUGCACUGCAGUGGAAGUGCUGCCCAGGCCAUGGAGGUAACAACUGUCAGGAGACAGUGAGUCUGAUAGGAGAACGUCAGUCCAGGGAAGAACACCCACAAACAGCUCCAACAGACGCUUCACAGGCUGAUGACUCUGACUCUGGCAAUGGUGGAGAUAUCCCUCCUCCUCCUACUACUCCUUCGUCUUCCUCUCUACCUUUAAUGGAUUCCAGCAACCUCUUGGCAUUUCAUCAAAUAUUUGCAGCAGUAAUGGCCCAACUUCAACCAAUGCUGGAUGGCUUUAAUCGUACUUUGGAGAACUUGUCCAGAGAGGUGGAAGGUCUGUCCACAGAUCUGAAGAAUCUAAGGCAUGAGCAAGGGAAGAUUUCCAAAACUAGACAUGCCCAUGAAGCAAAAUGUGAGAAACAUUUAGAGGAAAGCUUAGAACAGAUGCAGCAGAUAUGGACAAAGAUGGACACACAACAAAAAGGGAUAGAACAAACAGUACAAUCGCAAGAAGAACGUCUGCUUUAUAACAUGACCAGUCUAAAGGGCAAAAUUGACCACUAUAUUGACAUGAGUCAUGAGGAAAUACAGGUGACCUUACAGUCUCUGAAUAAGUCCAUGGAGGAAAUUCGACUUGAUUAUGAAAGGCUGCAGGAGACACCAGAGGGAGAACCUGGUCUCUUAGAUAAUGCCAGUGAAAGCCAGUCACCACUGGAGACCACUGUGUGGGAGGCCAUCAGCAGUCUGGACAUGAAAGUGCUGAAUAACACAAUGGAGCUCAGUCCUUUAAUUGAAAACUCCAAACAUUUGAUAAAUAUUGUCCAGAAGCUGGACCAUGGCUUGAGGAACUUGAGUGAAAGACUGGAGUAUGCCAGCCACAACACAGAGGUUCAUUUGGCACAGAUUGGGCUUGAAGUGGAGGCGGCUAGAGUGGCUACGCUGAAAACCGUUAAUGAGCUUGCUUCUAAUCACAGUAACCAAGAGAGAGAUUUGCGAGAGAUUCAACUAGAUGUGGAAAAUAUUUAUCAGCAUCUCCAAAAUAAUGAGCUUGCCACAACAGGUGAGAUUUGCAGCUGUAAAGAAAUCAGUGACUCAUUGGCUAGGUUGGAAUCUGAAGUGGCUAAUGUUACGAACGUUGCCAAAGAGAACCGGUAUGCCCUGGAGGAUGCUGAGGCAAAGAGAGGGCUUAGCCAGUGGACCCCAGAAGUUGAAGAUCUCCAUCAAGGCUUGUGGAGUGUGAGAGAAUCACUAGCAUUUGAGCAAGUCAAGAGAAAGACUCUUAAUGACAACUUAGACCAGUUAAAAACUGCUCUCCUGGACAGCCAAAAGGAGAUUAUUGGGCUUAAAGACCAGUUUGUUGUUAAGGAAGCAGAAAUCAGACGUCUCUCCUCAUCAUUCUCUUCUUUACUCAAGGAUGCCAUCCGCCAUUCUGAAAUUCUUGAGGUGAUUUUAGGAGAUGAGGUCAUGGAGUUCUCAAGCUGGUCCAACAUCCAGCAGAAGGAUCUUGCGAUUCCUGUACUGCUACAGAAAAUGCGUCUGAUGCAGGAAAAGAUUGAUAGUCAUGAGAAUAGCUUGACCUCUCUAAGGAAGAGCAGCAGCGAGAAAGCUCAAAUGACCAACGAUGACCCUGUCGCAUUCACAGAAUGGGACCUCACAAAAGACCAGGGGAGUAUUGCUGAAGAUCAUGUAGACAUUUUACUAGACAUUUCCAAAAGGGAGGAUGAUGAGGACUACUCGGUUAGUGACUUCUGGAGCCUUGGGAGGGAGGUGGAGCAGCUCGCUAACAGACUCAGCGUGCUGGAACAGAAGCCAUGCAACUACACUGCUGACCCCAAUGGUUCUGUAGUGGAACUACAGAGAGAUGUUCUAACCUUGCAACAAACUCUGGAGGAUCAUUUGAGAACUUUCCAGAAUUUAUUCCAAUACACAGAAGAGCUGGCUAGCUCCUCUGACGGUGUGAACUUGGACCAGGUGCAGACCAUGAUGAGGACAAAGGAGAAGAAGAGAAAGAAGGGACAAAACAUGAGGAAAAAGGGAGAGACGAGCACCAGGCGCAGAAAAAGACACAUUGGGGGAAAGUAAGACCCAUUAUCUGUGGAAAAAAAUACCAAGUAGCUUCAAGACUUCUAAAAGGAUUUCUCAAUUCAAAUACUUGGGGAAAAACUUCCAGAUUAUGACUUUUUUGUCGUCGUUGUUGUUGUUGGAAGUGAAUUUUUACAACCUCUUUGAGCUGUUUGAAUAUUCUUUUGUAAGCUUCAUUACACUCCAAAACUAGCAAGAGGACAGAAAAAACAAACAGUUCUAUAGCGCUAAUGCUAGUUAAAUGGUGCACACUCUU